UUCCGUGUAUUGAAAUGGGAAUGGGGAUCUCAGCUGUCCCAAGAGACAAAACACCUUUUCAAAAAGGGAAGCUUGAUAUUGCUCAGCUGUCCCAAGAGACAAAACACCUUUUGAAAACGAGAAGCUUGAUAUUGCUCAGACGCAGCCGAUCAUUAGCUGCCUUAAAUUUUAAUAUCAUUUCGGUGCAAUUGGUGUGGCCUCGGAGUUUGAGCUUCUCUCGUGCCAUUUAUAAAUAUGGGCCCUUUGGAGAAUCUUCCCAUUGGCAUCGAUCAGUUCCUUUGCACGGUUUCCUUCUUAAUUGAAAUCCGACUUCUUCUACGGAGGGGUGUGAAACUUCCACUCAUGGGGGUCGAGUUUGGUGUUCUGCUGUCGGAAAUUGCAACCUCCGACGCACAUGGUGAAGACUCCCCUUAUUUUGCUGGAUGGAAAGCCUAUGAUGAAGAUCCUUAUGAUGCUGUCAGCAAUCCUUCAGGAGUCAUUCAGAUGGGAUUGGCAGAAAACCAAGUUUCAUUUUAUCUACUGGAGAACUAUUUGGAGCAACACCCAGAAAUAUCCAACUGCGAAAGUGGAAUCUCUAGCUUUAGAGAGAAUGCCUUAUUUCAAGACUACCAUGGGCUCAAAACAUUCAGAAAGGCAAUGGCGAGUUUUAUGGAGCAAAUAAGAGGGGGGAGAGCGAAAUUUGACCCCGACCGCAUUGUUCUCACCGCAGGCGCCACCGCAGCAAAUGAGUUGCUGACCUUCAUCUUAGCAGACCCAGGAGAUGCUUUGCUAAUUCCUAUUCCUUACUACCCAGGAUUCGAUAGAGAUCUAAGAUGGCGAACUGGAGUGCACAUAAUCCCAGUCCACUGCAACGGCUCGAAUGGCUUCCAAAUCACUGUGAAAGCCUUGGAAGAAGCAUAUGCUGAAGCAGGAGCUGCGAACAUCAGAGUCAGAGGACUUCUGCUGACAAAUCCAUCGAACCCCCUAGGAACUGCAAUCACAAGGUCUGUUCUUGAAGAGAUCCUAGACUUCGCUACGCAAAAGGACAUCAACUUGAUAUCAGACGAGAUCUACUCGGGUUCCGUAUUCUCCUCGGCCGAGUUUGUGAGCAUGGCUGAGAUUGUUGAAGCCCGGGGUUAUGAAAAUUCUGACAGGGUUCACAUUGUCUAUAGCCUUUCCAAGGAUCUUGGUCUGCCUGGCCUUAGGGUGGGGACAAUAUACUCGUACAACAAUAAAGUAGUGACGACGGCUAGAAGAAUGUCCAGCUUCACACUCGUCUCAUCCCAGACUCAAAAGAUGUUGGCCUCAAUGCUAUCUGAUAGGGAGUUCACGGAGAAUUACAUAAAGACAAAUAGGGAGAGUCUUAGGAAGAGGCACGAGUAUAUUACUGAAGGGCUAAAGAACGCCGGUAUUGAGUGCUUGCAGGGGAAUGCUGGUCUCUUUUGCUGGAUGAAUCUUGGGCCAUUGCUCGAAGAGCCCACAAGAGAAGGUGAACUGAGCCUUUGGAAUUUGAUACUGCAUGAGGUUAAACUCAACAUAUCCCCAGGAUCUUCAUGCCACUGUUCUGAAGCUGGUUGGUUUAGGGUGUGCUUCGCUAAUAUGAGCCAGCAGACACUAGAUAUUGCACUCAGGAGAAUACAUGCAUUCAUGGAGAAAAGGAAGACAACAAAAGGGCAAGCUUUGCGGUGAUUUUUUAUCUUUCACCUACCUAUAUUCUUUUGAUUGUAACAUCAUCUCUCUCUCUCUCUCUCUCUCUCUCUCUCUCGUGGGAAGAGGUUAUAUUUUGGAGAAGGUUAUAUUUAAAGUACCUCCUCCUCUUCUUUUUUUUUUUUUUUGUACUCCAAACAAAUUCAAACCCUCCAUCCUUAAAAGUUAAGUAGGGUCCCUACCUGUCGAGCAAAGAACCAAGUUGCCAACAUAUAUAGUAUUUCUCGAGAAAAGUCAACCAUGUAAUAUGAACGAUUCUGUGACGACAAGGAAAUAAAGUUCCUUUCUUUUUGAAUAAUAGUACCCUCCGGAAAAGAAUCUAUAAACUUCA